AAAAAAAGUUACCAACCGUACGACAUGAAUGGAGACUCAUUCUUUUUGUUUAUAACAAUUAAAUCUGUUAUGAACACAAAAAAUAUGGAUUCUCAAAAAUUUCUGGAAAUGUUGAAGGAGAAGUUGGAAAAGAGCGAGGAAGGGAGCUCCUUGUUAGACACGAUGACCAGGAGAGUUCUGCAAUCAGAACUCCCUGGUCCUACGGACGUCGAGAUGGCAUCUCCGGAGCUCCCUCCCAACAAAGUACCCCCCGAAGCCAAAAUAAAAAGUAGAGGGAAGAAUGGGGGUGCUCACCACACCCCGAAAGAGAAAAGACAGGCUGAGGGGGAAAAUUAUGUUGGAGGACGAUCAGUCGUGAGGGGAAGGAUUGGAGGCAAGGGCAGAGGAAAAGAUAGAGGACGAGGAGCAAAUAAAGUUGGAGAACGAGGAAGAGGAAGCGGUAGAGGAAGAGAUGGUGGUCAAGGAAGAGGAGGUGGUCGCGGACGAGGAGGAGGUCGAGGAUGGGGAGACCCCAGAGGGCAUAGAGGCCGUGGCGGGGGUCUUACCCUCUAUCAGCAUUUUUAUGCUUAAAUUCAA